AGAAACGAAUGAGUCCGUUAACAUUCCAACUUCAUUAUUCAUGGAUGCCAGAUUCCGGAAAGAAGAGGAUGAGGAAACCAUGCAUAGAAACACGCUUCCAGAAUGCAGAGUUGUGAGAAAACUAAGCGUAAAACACAUUUCCACACUAAUAAAUUGGGUGGAGUUCUCCUAGUGUCUUUAAUUAGUAAUAAAAUACUACCAGUAGUCAUAACACUAGAGAAUACUCAAUAAGAUAAGACACAUUAAGAGAGAAAGUUUGUACUAAAUUUUGAAUGCUAAAACACUAGGAGAAGACCACAUUACUGAGAAAUUGAAAAUUUUGGUUGUGCCAUAACACUGUCAUAGGAAAAAAAAACACAACCAUAGAAUCAACGGUCCAGUCCUAGUCAACAUGGGAGGCAAUGCACCUGGCCAUCUGCGCGUUUCCACUUUACAGCACAGACACACAGCAGGCAGUACAUGUAAGAAUAGCGAUUCAGCAGAGUGCAUGAUGGCAUGGGACCUGAUGAUCCGAGGGAGGCAAUGCAUCUGGCCAUCUGCGUGUUUCCAUAUGUACUGCUAGUAUUGUUUGCUGAUUUAUUGUGAGAGAAAAAUACUACUGACUGGUACAAAAAAUACGGCUUAUAAGACAACCGACCGGAGCCUCAUUAUCAGUCAGAGCAACCAAUAAGCUCUACGCCGCCGCUGCUGCUGGCAAUGAACCGAAAGCCACCACCGGCCAUGGUGCUCCUCAGAAUCAGGCGCUUGCUCCAGCUGCUCCUACUGACCUCCGCUGCAGCAACAACCAGUGCAACGAUCUAUUCGCCAGGCCAUGGCCAUGGCCAUGACCAUGACGAUGAGAGAGCUCUUCUGUCACUCAAGGCCAAGAUCUCCCGCCACUCUGGCGUCCUGGAUUCGUGGAACCAGAGCAGCAGCUACUGCAGCUGGGAGGGCGUCACUUGCGGCAAGAGACACGCGUGGCGGGUGGUCGCUCUGGACCUCAGCUCCCAGGGGCUCGCCGGCACCAUCUCCCCCGCCAUCGGCAACCUCACCUUCCUGCGCUUACUCAACCUGAGCUACAACAGCCUUCAUGGCGAGAUACCUGCUAGCGUUGGCUCCCUCAGGCGCCUUCGACGUCUUCACCUGAGCGGGAACAUGAUCACUGGUGUCAUCCCGAGUAACAUCAGCCGCUGCAUCAGCCUCCGUGGGAUUAUCAUCCAAGACAACAAAGGCCUGCAGGGAAGCAUCCCAGUUGAGAUUGGCAGCAUGCCAGCGCUCUCAGUUCUUGCGCUGGACAACAACAGCAUUACCGGAACCAUCCCGUCGUCUCUUGGGAAUCUUUCACGGCUGGCCGUGCUGUCCUUGCCAAGGAACUUCCUCGAGGGACCAAUCCCUGCAACCAUCGGCAACAAUCCAUAUCUCACCUGGCUUCAGCUCUCUGCUAAUGACCUCUCUGGCUUGCUCCCUCCUUCCCUAUACAACCUAUCAUUUCUUCAGGACUUUUUUGUGGCUAGCAACAAGCUGCAUGGCCAUCUACCAACUGACCUGGGGAAAAGCCUUCCGAGCAUCCAACAGUUUGGGAUUGGAGAAAACCGAUUUACUGGCACACUUCCACUGUCACUGACCAAUCUCUCAAAGCUCCAGACUCUUUAUGCCGGAUUCAAUAGUUUUACUGGAAUUGUUCCCACCGGAUUGAGCAGAUUGCAAAAUCUUGAAUCACUUCUUCUGGAUGACAAUAUGUUAGAGGCAAAUAACGAGGAGGAGUGGGCAUUUAUUGAUUCUUUGGCGAAUUGUAGCGGGUUACAGACACUGUCCAUUGGAAGGAACAGGCUUGCGGGGAAGCUGCCAGGUUCUGUGGCAAAUUUGUCCACUAAUCUCCAGUGGCUACAGAUUCCCUACAACAACAUAUCGGGUGUCAUCCCAUCAGAUAUUGGAAAUUUGGCAAGUCUUCAAAUGCUUGAUUUUCGCAUAAACUUGCUCACUGGGGUCAUUCCUGAAAGCAUAGGGAAGCUUACAUUACUGCAGAAGCUAGGCCUGAUUUCAAACUCCCUCUCAGGACGUCUGCCAUCCUCUAUCGGAAACCUUUCUAGUCUACUUGAAUUUGAUGCAAACGGCAAUAGCUUCUACGGGCCAAUUCCACCAAGCAUUGGAAACUUGAGCAAACUUUUAGGCCUAGAUCUGUCAUAUAACAAGCUUACUGGACUGAUUCCUAGAGAAAUUAUGGAGCUGCCAUCGAUCUCAAUUGAUCUUGAUCUGUCCAACAGCAUGUUGGAGGGAGCACUUCCAUUAGAAGUUGGUAGCUUGGUAUAUCUUGAACAGCUCUUCCUAUCAGGAAACAAUUUGUCAGGUGAGAUACCUGAUACUAUUGGCAAUUGCAGGGUCAUGGAAAUCCUCUCAAUGGAUGGCAAUUCACUCCAAGGAAGCAUACCUGCUACAUUCAAGAACAUGGUAGGCUUGACUGUACUUAAUUUGACGGACAACAGGCUGAAUGGAAGCAUCCCUAGCAACCUGGCUACCCUUACCAACCUACAGGGUUUGUAUCUUGGCCACAAUAAAUUAUCUGGAACAAUCCCAGAGAUUUUAGGUAAUUCAACAUCGCUGCUUCACCUAGAUCUGUCUUACAAUAAUUUGCAAGGUGAAAUACCAAAAGGAGGAGUUUUCAAAAAUUUGACUGGACUAUCAAUUGUUGGUAACAAUGAGUUAUGCGGGGGAAUACCACCGCUCCAUCUGCCAAAAUGCCCAAGCUCUUGCACAAGAAAGAAUAGAAAAGGCAUACCCAAGUUUCUUAGAAUAGCAAUCCCAACAAUAGGAAGUCUCAUCUUACUUUUUCUGGUUUGGGCUGGAUUUCACCACAGAAAGUCCAAGACAGCACCGAAGAAAGAUUUACCAACAGAAUUUCCAGAGAUAGAGCUUCCAAUAGUUCCAUACAACGAUAUACUGAAAGGAACAGACAGAUUUUCUGAAGCAAACGUGCUUGGAAAGGGAAGAUAUGGUACAGUAUAUAAGGGCACCCUAGAAAAUCAAGCCAUUGUUGUAGCUGUUAAGGUAUUCAAUCUCCAGCUAUCAGGGUCAUAUAAAAGUUUCCAGGCGGAAUGUGAGGCACUAAGGAGAGUAAAGCACCGAUGCCUUGUAAAAAUCAUCACAUGUUGUUCAAGCAUCGACCACCAAGGUCAGGACUUUAGAGCACUAGUCUUUGAGUUGAUGCCUAAUGGAAGCUUAGAUAGAUUGAUCCAUUCAAAUUUAGAAGGCCAAAAUGGCCAAGGAGCACUCAGCUUGUCACAGUGGCUGGAUAUAGCUGUGGACAUUGUGGAUGCUUUGGACUAUCUUCAUAACGGUUGCCAGCCAUCGAUCAUCCAUUGCGAUCUAAAGCCAAGUAACAUUCUUCUCAAUCAGGACAUGAGGGCUCGUGUUGGGGAUUUUGGAAUUGCUAGAGUUCUAGAUGAAGCAACAAGCAAACAUCCUGUGAAUUCUGGGAGCACAUUAGGAAUAAGAGGUUCCAUCGGUUACAUUGCGCCAGAAUAUGGAGAAGGUCUUGCAGUAUCGACUUGCGGUGACAUGUUUAGUCUUGGUAUCACCUUGCUAGAGAUAUUCACAGCAAAAAGGCCAACAGAUGAUAUGUUCAGAGAUGGUUUAAGCCUACAUGGUUAUGCUGAGGCGGCUCUUCCUGACAAAGUUAUGGAGAUAGCAGAUUCCAACCUAUGGCUGCAUGAUGAAGCAAGCAAUAGCAAUGAUACAAGGCAUAUAACAAGAAGCAGGAAAUGUUUGUCCGCCAUCAUUCAGCUUGGUGUCCUUUGCUCAAAGCAAUUGCCCUCAGAGCGUUUGUCAAUAAGCGAUGCUACUGCAGAGAUGCAUGCUAUCAGAGAUAAGUAUAUUAGUGCUCAGUGAUGUCAGAUUGGCUACCAUGUUUGUCUAAUUUUAUUGUCAAAGUCCAUAUGUAAUAUAUUUGCUUCUUUUUUGCUUGUGAGUUUGUAGACCUUAUAUUAGUUGGUAUUGUUAUGGUGCUGUGUUGCCAAUACCAUAGGCAGCAUCAUUCAUGAAUCAUGAAAGAAAUUUUGAUUAUCCUGAGAAAAA